CUUAACAGCUGUCACAUGUUAUAUAUGCUCUGUUACGCGUGCUAUAUGUUACACACGUUACGUGUUACCUGUGUCAUGCCCUGUUUCCCUGCACACGAGCCCGCAGUGCCGCUCCCCGCCCGCCCGGUCCCGCCCGGUCCCCGCGCUGGGGCGGGCGGAGGUGGCGGCCCCGCGGGCGGGAGCGCGGAGCCGCAGGUUGGUGCCGGGGCCGGGCGGGGACAGCCCGGGCGUCCCCUCGGAGCCCCCCGGGGCCGCCUCCCUCCGGCUCCGGCUCGGAGCAGGACCCCUCGGAGCAGGGAGGGCCGCGGGCAGCGGCGGAGCCCCGCCGGGAGCAGCCGGGACGAGGAGCGGGAGGCGCCGGCAGCCGCGGGGAUCUCUGUGCGCAGGAUGGGGGCUGUGCCCGCACGGCCCCGACAGGCUCUCUCCUCUCUGCGUGCCCGAGUGCAGCAUCCAGGACAUGAAGACAGAACACACCGGAAUUAAGCCGUACUGUAACACAGAUCAGGUUUCAGAGGAUGCACUUGUGCAGAUGAAGAGUGAAGCGGCCAGCCCAGAGAUGAAGCACUGUGCCCUGUGACAUUUAUUUUUGCUGUUUUCACUGCUGGAGGAUGGCUGCCAGACCCUGUGAAAAUGGUUCUGCUCAGCACCACUGCACCCACGCCAGCCAACGUCUUGAAAUCAGCUACAUGCUGGUCCUGAUUAUGCUUGGAAAAGCCUUCCUCGAUUUCUUCAUGUUGCAAAUUAAGCCAAGGCCUGUGAAAGUCAGUUUCAUGGGAUACUUCUGCGUUUCAGUGGCACUUCUCGAUUUCACACUGCUGCUGAGCAUGUGUUUCAUUUUCUGUUUUGAGGACUUUGCGCUCUGGGGCGCGCGAUUCACAGAGUACCACAUCUGCCUCCUCACGCAGAUCGCCUCUCUGACCUACGGGGUCCUGCCCUACCCGGUGUACCUGCUGGCUGCCCUGGAUUAUUACACCACUGUCUCCCGAACAUCCCAGGUCCCCACGAGAGGUCGGAAGUUACUUUAUGGAUUUGCCGUGGUGGUUAUAUGGAUUUCUGGGUUUUUUUGCACUCUCCAAGUUCCUGCUGUCUCUGAAGAGCUGCAAAUGCAGAAGAGCGUUUCCCCUUCCCAGUGCCCUCUCUCUGGCAGCUGGCAGAGCUCCUCGGUGUCGUGGGCCAUGGUGCUGCUGCUGGGCACGGCUCUCCUGGCUGGCUGGAAGGAGGUGACAACCAUGCUGCUGUCUGCCAGGCUCCUCUCCUUUUCCAGCCAGCCCGUGCUGAUGUUCCCCUACGUGCCUAACAACAAUAACAACACCUGCUUUAAGUGGCAGCUCCUGAGCAGGCUCCUCCUGUGUUUCCUUGGCACUUGGGCACCGUUUGUUGCUCUCCAGGUGGUGGUUGUGCUCCUGGGUGUGCAGAUCCCAGCCUAUGUGGAGAUGAACGUGCCCUGGCUGUGCUUCAUCAACAGCUUUCUCCUGGCAGCAGCCUACUGGUGCCGGUGCCACGAUGUGGAGCUGACGGAGGAGGGGUGGUGCACAGACCCCUUUGUCAGCUGGAAAUUCUGCUUUAUGCCGUUCAACAAUGAAAGCACAAAGCCAGCUGAUAAGCCAGGCACAGUAAUUGUCAUCUGUUAAUGAGCUGCCGACUGAAAGGGCUGCAAAGAAGCAGAACUCUGAUGUUGGGUGGCCGGGUCCUUACAGACAACGCAAGGAAACAUCUCCAGAGCUUCACUCCAUAGAAACAAGUCCAGUGUCUAGCAAGACUUCAGUGAACACUGCACUGCAAGCACUGACAGGUCAGGGAAUUCAUCUUCCAACUACACGUUUAAAAAACCACUGCUUAUAUAGGACAAGUUUUCAGUCAUUUUUCUGACUAGAAUUCUACUCUUCCUUUAAAUGGAAUUAUCUCAGGUUUACAGUACAAAAUGCAAUAAAGUCUUCACGGCUGGAGUUACAUGCAGACGCUGACCUAACGUUCAAAUGACUUUUUGAAGUGUAUCUUGUUGCUAAAAUGUGGAUUUUUGUCAGCUUGAUGGAAGGUAAGGGUUGCUGUCUGUUUAACAAGAAAUAACUUGUUUUAGUUAAAAUUACGACUCCUACAGAAAUAGACAUUUUAUAUAGUGCAAAACCAGUGCAAGAUGUGCAACUUCCACAACCACGGGAGAGGUGCUGUUUCAUUGUUCCUUUGCUGCUGUUCCUCUAAAGUACAUGACCAUAUUAAUAAUUAAAUAAUUAAAGCAAUAAGCAUCAAGGUUAGCUGCUAUACAUAAAUGCACGCCCAAGGUUAAAGAAUGGUUCAAAUUAAAAUAUAGAUUAUUUUGAAGCCAAAAUUACUUAAAAAGAGUUAAAUAUGAAGUGGGACAACUUCAGCAAGGAAAGAAUUAGUCAGGCUUCUAGCAAAAAUACUGUCAGUUUUCAAAUUCUUAGAGUUUUAAAAUGGACUUAUUUGAUUUUGUAUAAGAGAAAUAAAUGAUACACAACCAAAGCAGACAAAUGAAAUUAGCAUUUAUUUCUGAAGCACUAAACUCACAAUACAAUGUUGUAUUGAAAGAGAAACUAAGUAAAUGGUGCUGUAGGUUGGUUAACUGUCCCCCAGACCCACAGGGAACAAUGAUUUCACACAAGAAUACUCAUUAAGAAAACUCUGCAGAUAACAAAAGGUGCAAUUACAAGCAAGUUUAAGCAGCAUAGUAUAAGGUGCUUUGUUUCAGCAUUUGUAGGAUGGAUUUAUCCAUUAAGAGACAGAUUGAAGAAAUGUCACUUUUACAGAUCAUAACAAAUGAGAGAAUCUAAAAUUCAUUCACAUGCUAGUUGGCAAUAGGAAAGUGCUUCUUAAAAAGUGAUUCACAAAGUGAAGAUCACACUUUUACAUAGCUCAUUGUGUGCUCUUUGUGUGAAACUGUAAAAUUUCAAUUUUGGGUAAUAAUUUAUUUUAUUAUAUAUCAAUUAUAGAGAUAGAUUUAAUUGCAGAAUUUAAAACUACAUGGGUUAAAUUUUCUUAUAAAAGAAUAUUCCAGUAUUUCACUCCAUAAGAAUACACAAUCACAUCUCAAUCAUAAAUUAAUCUUUGAUUUCUGAAACAUACCAAAAUCCGAUUAUUUUGAUUACUUCACCCCACAUAGUGCUUUUUUCACCCCCAGUCUGUGGUAAAUUUCUUUGAAAUAAUGUAAUCAAAAGGGGACAAGCAUUUUUCAGCAGUAGAAAAUGGUUUGGGGGGAAAACCUAUUUAAAAGGCCAUCAAAAGGACAGUAAAUGAUCGAAAACUGAAUUUAAAAACUAGUGCAAUAAGAGGAGGCAAUGCUUAGCAAUAUAGUUUGAAGUGUUUGGCACCAAAAAUUAUUUCAUUUUUUAUGCUGGAAAAUGUACUUGGAGGAAAUUCUAUUUCCAUGUUAAAAGCAGGAAAACACAUGCUAUGUUAACUGCAAAAACAACCCUAAGGAAUUGCUCCCUGCUCCCUCAAACUGCAAUUGCUGUUAGUUAGUGCUGGAGAUGCUAUAGGAUAAACCAUGGCUAGACACAGGCGUUGGGCACAGCAUUUCUUUAGGUUUUAUAGAAAUUGGACACCCACUGAAAUGGGGCUGACAAAAUAUUUACAAAACCUAAUUCCAUUUAAAAAUCAGCAAAUACAUCAAAUAUAGGAAUGCACCAGGCAUUUCAGAAUCAUGAAAUAACUAAUUCCUACAGACUCGGCAGGCAGGGGGAAAUUCCUCCUUUAAAGUUCAUUCAACACCAGAUGAAGGAAAAGCUAUUUUCAAGUUCAUUUCAGGUGUGUUUUGCAUGGUAAGUCUCACCCUUCUGAAUCACUAACAUGCACAGAACUGGAACUGCAACCAGUUGGGUGAGGCUGCUGACAUGUUUUAUUUAUCAGUGUUGUUCAGCUUCUCAAGCCCUAAUUAAAGUUUACCCAACCCCAUCUGCCCUAACGUGCCAGAAUUCCUGUAGCUGCUGCAGUGCUCCUAAAGCCACUUGAAGUUUUUAACAUUUUUUACAGGGAACACACAACUUGCAGCCAAAACAAAUAUUAAUGGAUUGAUGUUACAUCUCUGUAUUACUUGUCAAAUUUAUUCUUUCUUACUUUUUGUGGAAAAGUGCUAAAGAGCAUCAGCUUUUAGGCUGCCAGCUCCACUGAGGAGGCAACAGUGGCACUGCAGGUCUCCACCAACAUCCAGCUGUGGUGCCUGAGCCUGCCAAGGAACUGUUUUAAAACAUAUUAAUGGCAACCCUCUUUGCAAGCCCACUUUUAUCCUUACUUUCAUGGAGGGAGACACCAGCUGUGCAGUGAUCUCCAUCCUACUGCCUUCCUAACAAUUGUCUUUUCCUCUGUAUUUUUUUUUUAUUAACCUGGUGCUUCUGGGCAGUCCCAACACUGGUGCCUGAACCAUCCCUCUCUAGUGACAGUUUCACUGCCAGAGAGGACAGGAGCUGUGCCAGGAAGGUGGAAAUAUCUGAAAUAAAAGAACUACAGAUAACCACUGCUCGGUACAUCACUUCUUGUGCUGUGCCAGCAACUAAUGGCCUUACACCAUUCAAAUACCUUACAGUAUUGAUAUUAAUGCUAACAGCAGCUAAAGUGUUAAACCUUUAUGGGAGACUUCUGUACUUUUCUCAUUUAAAGAAUCUCCUACUUAUCAACACUGAUUUUAAUGAGAUAUUCUAUGUGUUUUCAACUCUGAACAGAGUAUUUGGCACUCAAUGAUAAAACCCUUCAUCUUUACACACAUCUUUCCUGGUCAGUACUGGCUUGUUCAUCCUAUAACACAAAGACUGCUUGGAAAGGAAGUUGGGUGUGUAGAAUCCCUCAUUGCUCUUUCCAAAACUGAAUUUGCAAAAAGCUGCCAGAGGAUGGAAGCAUCCUGGCUGGGUAGUGGAGGACACCACAAGCCUUCCACAGGCUGCCCAGGCUUCACUCACAAAGCAGAUCUACCUCAUGAAUCAAAGACAUUUGUGCUUCAAGCCUAAUCCCAUAAUCAGCAUAGAUACCCUGAUUAUUACCUAGCAACAACACCCCGAGCCUGUCAACAACCCUAUGCACCCAAGCAGUGCUCCAUAAACACCAUUAGAAUGCUCCCUCAGUGUUAUCUAUUGCACUUAAACAGUGUUUAUGAUCACAAUUCUACAAAUGCACAAUUGUGCUCAUGUUACAAUUACUUCUAGAUGGAAAAAAUAUAUUUUAAAAUCUUGUUUUUCUAGCUCCUUACUCUACAGAGUCAUUUGGAUAAUUCAACAGGAAUACUUGCUGGAAAUGUAAAAAAUUUUAACUUGAAAGUUCAUUACACUGGCUCCCAGAACUGUGCUUCAGAAAAGUUAAACCCAUGGCUACAAAAGCUGGACUAUGAACUUACUCCAUUCCUGCAAUUACCAGCAUAUUCAAAGCUCUGAACUUUGCUUUUUCAAUUCCACUUUGCUGUAAGAGAUCAGAAAACACUAUGCAACCUUCAAGUGAAUGAGCAGGUGUGUGUUUUAAUGCAGAGGUUACACAAACCUACACAGCAGCUUAGGAUGGGGCCUUGAGCACAUGUGGAAGUGCUGACCUUGAGAGCCAGGGGAUGAGGCAGGACACAAAACUCCCCAGAACUCAGAGCUGACACCCAAGAGAGCAAAAUGCCACUCUCAGAAACUGAAUGUGGAAGGAAAUGUGAGAUUUCCAAAGAGAUGAGAUGGUAAAAACAAACCAGGCUGAUUCUCAUGGAUUAGGGUACUGUGUGCUCACUGCCUUGGUGCUCAGUGUGUGUCCCAGGCCCUGACUCCAUCAGCUCAGACCAGGGACAGCUUCCUGAAAAAGCUUCCUGAAAAACCCACACAGCUGGCACUGGAGCACUACUACUGUCUCUUUCCCAAUGUCACCAUUUGCAAAGCCAUCCAGGUAUGUAACUACAGAGAACCUUUCAGGUCUAAAUAAACUCUCAUGACUAAAGGCAAAUUAUUUUAAAAUUAAUUUACUUUAGGCUCAUCUUAAAUGAACCAAGCGUUAAAUGAAUUAAAAAUUUCUUUCUCCUCACAGUAUUUCCUGUCUGAAACUACAGGUGACUAUGCAAGAGUGACUUGAAAAUUAAUUCACUAUGAGUAAUUAACACUUUACACUGAAAUUAUUCAUUGAUAGCUCUGCUCAUACCUGUUCCACUCAGCAUUUAACAGGAACAGGGUAUUUAAAACAAAAUACUCUAAAAUAUUAGCUUCUCUCCAUCUCUAAUAAACUAACUCAGGUGCAUAUUAAAAAACUACCCUAGACUGAUUGUUUUGUACAGUCAUUAUCUGCAACCUAAAACAAUCAAUGAGGAAAUACCUGGGUAAGGAUGACAAAUAUAUUUCUAAUAUAGGUUAACAGGACAUCUCUAUAAAAUACUGAUGAGAAAAUAACACUGCAAGCUUUUAUACAUGCUGAGUUUUAAUAUGAGCAGUCUCAGUACAAUCAGAACUACUCAUGUUAUAAAUUAUGGGGAUGUCUAAUUAUUUGCAAAACCAGGACUCAACACAGCUGUCACUGAAUUCUUUGAUCACUCAGAGCUGUAAUUUGUCACUGUGUAAGAAAUCUGUUGAGCUCUUGAGGUGGAAGUUUCUGCAUGGAUAUUGUGAUACUGGAAUGAGAACAUUCACCUGAAACUGGCAUUAGUUGUAGCUGCCAUGCCAGGCACUGACACCCAGCCCAGUCUCACACUGAACUUCCAUUCAAAUUACACUUCAGUGGUUUUGUACCUAAAAAUUUCCUUCCACUUCAAGGUGCAGAAAUGAUGCAAAAGCUAUCACAGAUCUGCCCAAACAGUUGGUUUUACCCUUUAAUCCUUUCCUCUUCCUGCCACAUCUGCAGUUACAAAGGAAUUCAAUCUGUUCUAUCCAAAAGGCUGGAUUCCUUUAAGGACAAAGCACAGGUGGAAGUCAGGGGGUAAAUACCUGCUUUCACAGGAAAAAAAUGAGGAAAUGGAUGCCUGCAGGACACAAAUCUGUUUGAAAUGUCUCACUGACAAAAAUCUAGCAAAGGCUUUACCCUCCAUCAAGAACUUCAUUUCUGGAAA